AUGAAAUACUUAGCUGCUUAUUUAUUAUUAGUUAACGCUGGUAACGCUACCCCAUCAGCUGCCGAUAUCAAAACUGUUUUAUCAUCAGUUUCAAUCGAUGUUGAAGAUGAAAAAAUCGAAAAAUUAUUAGCUGAAGUUGAAGGUAAAAAUGUUGAAGAAUUAAUCGCUGAAGGUACUGAAAAAUUAUCAUCAGUUCCAACUGGUGGUGCUGCUCCAGCUGCCGGUGCCGCUGCUGGUGGUGCUGCUGCUGAAGAAGCUGCUGAAGAAAAAGCUGAAUCAGAAGCUGAAGAAUCAGAUGAUGAUAUGGGUUUCGGUUUAUUCGAUUAG